AUGACAAUUGAUACGAAUGAAAAACGAAGAAUUUAUAAGAAAAAACAAUCAAAUCCUUCUAAAACAAACAAAUAUUAUUCAAAAAAUCAAACAUUCAUAUCUAUUCAAAGAAAUAAUGAUUCUGUUCGAAAGAAUAUGACCCAUUCAUUGAAUGAUAUUGGAUUAAGUGUUACAGCAAAACCUUUAGCAAAACCAAAAAAAUUAUCCGUUCAACCGUUGUUAAUCGAUCAGAAAAAUGUGAAUAAAUCUUUAAAUCAUCUUCCAAACGAAAAUUCCAAUAGUUUGUUCAAUAAAUCAUUUCAAUCAGAUAAAAGUUCAAUUGAUUUUAAUCGAAGUUUACGAAGAGGAAAAAUUUCCAAUGGAAGUUUAAAAUCCUUUUCCAAAGAAUAUUUUGAUUCAUCAACAAUCGAUGAAAUUCAUCAUUUAAAUCAAAGUACUUCGUCCAUCUAUUCCAAUUCACAUCUUUUAUCCAAAUCACAAAUCUUUGACAAGUCUUUUCAUUUUCCCUUAAAAUCUUCAGAAGCUUUGAAAUAUUAUGGUGAUGAAUUAAAUGAUUUUGAACGAAAUGAAAUAUUCGAUUAUGAUGAAAUUUAUUAUCUCGGUUUAAAAGCGAAGAAACUUUGUGUUAAAGAUGCAAAAGAUUAUGAUGAUGAAUAUGGAUAUUACAGAAAAGUUUUACAUGAUCAUAUUUGUUAUCGAUAUGAAAUUUUAGAAAUGUUAGGAAAAGGUUCAUUUGGCAUUGUUAUGAAAUGUUUUGAUCAUAAAAAGAAAGAAUUUUGUGCAUUGAAAAUUCUGAAAAAUAAAAAACGUUUUCAACAACAAGGUUUAGUUGAAAUUCAAAUUUUAAAUCAUUUAAAAUUAUUGGAUCAAUAUAAUUCAUUUCAUAUUGUUCAUAUUAAACAAUAUUUUUACUUUCGUUCACAUCUUUGUAUUACAUUUGAAUUACUUGGAAUUAAUUUAUAUGAAUUGAUACAAAAGAAUCAUUUUAAUGGUUUUUCACCAAAUUUAGUCAAACGAUUUACUUAUUCGAUUUUACAAACUUUACAAAUUUUGGCCAAUGAACGAAUUAUCCAUUGUGAUCUCAAACCGGAAAAUAUUUUAUUAAAAGAAAAAGGAAGUUCUCAAAUCAAAAUUAUUGAUUUCGGUUCAGGAUGUUUUCAAUCAAAUAAAAUUUAUACAUAUAUUCAAUCACGAUUUUAUCGAGCACCUGAAAUAAUCUUAGGGAUUCCAUAUACAUGUGCCAUUGAUAUGUGGAGUUUAGCUUGUAUUAUUGUUGAAUUACUGACUGGUUAUCCAAUAUUUCCGGGUGAUAAUGAACAAGAACAAUUGGCGAUGAUAAUGGAAGUUUUUGAUGUUCCACCAAAUGAUUUCAUUCAACAAGGAACACGGCGACAACUUUUUUUUGAUUCGAAAAAUCAUCCUCGAUGUUCUUCAUCAAAAACAAUGAAAAAACGUCGUCCAGGAACUCGUCCAUUGUCUCAUAUUAUUCGAACAAAUGACUUUUAUUGUUUAGAUUUUCUAAAUCGAUGUUUUCAUUGGAAUCCAAAUGAACGUUUAACACCUUCACAAGGUUUGAACCAUCCAUGGAUUAAUCAGAUCAAUUGUCAUAGAAGACAUCGACAACGAAUGUCAAUUUCAAAUUCAAUUAAAACAAAUCAAGAAGAUGCUCAAUCGAUAAAAACAUUUCCUCGACUAAUUAAUCAAUAA